GACCUGGCGAGCUGGGUGUGGGGGGCUAGUUUUUGCAACGGCAAAAGGCUUGUGGGUUUAUGAUAAGGCGGAGCUCCACUGGAGAGGAGCGGGCAGGAGCUGAGCCGAGCGGAAAGGAGCCCAGCGGUGGAGAGCGGACUGCAGCCGGCGGAGCCCGCAGUCCUCGCCGAAGACAGGCGCGCGGUAGACAUUGCCCGAGGGAGCCGGCCCGGAGCCCCGCGCAGCUCAGACCCGCGCAGCCCCGGCCCACGCUCUCCCCGCCGGUCCGGGCAGCAUGAGGCGCGCGGCGCUCUGGCUCUGGCUCUGCGCGCUGGCGCUGCGCCUGCAGCCGGCCCUCCCGCAAAUUGUGGCCACAAAUGUGCCCCCUGAAGAUCAGGAUGGCUCUGGGGAUGACUCUGACAAUUUCUCUGGCUCUGGCACAGGUGCUCUGCCGGACCCCACCAUGUCACAGCAGACCCGCUCCACUGGGAAGGACAUGGGGCUCCUGACAGCCCCGCCCACGGCCCCAGAGCCCACUGGCAUGGACACCAUUGCCCCCUCCGCCUCUGUCCUGCCGGCUGGAGAGGGGCCCGAGGAGAGGGAGAGGGUGAUUCUGGCAGAGCCCCACCACCUCUUCCAUGAAGAACCGCAGGCCCUGCUACCACACCGCUGCCCGGCCCUGCUGGCCUGCUCCCUGCCGGCAGAGUCCCGGGGCACACUGGGGGUUCUCUGCUUCUCCAACUUCUGCCUGGAGACUUGGGUGCGGGGUGCUCUCCCGUAUGACCUUUCCCCCAGCCAGCACCUGGCAUCUCACCGUUCUGACUCCGUUUCCCCAGAGUGGAGCAGUGCCUUCUCAGCUCUGGAGAGAAAACAGACCCUGUUGGAGCUGGCUGGCCCACUGUGGCUGGAGGAUGCUGGGGGCUGA